AUGAAGCGUCCGCCCGUGCCCGUCCAGCCGCCGCCCCAGCAGCCGCCCCUGUCCUCCCAGCAGCAGCAGCAGCAGCCGCCACCGCCCGGGAUCGCCCUGCACCCGUCCGGGAUGGGCGUGGACGAAGCGCUGUCCGCCAUCAUGGCCAGCCGGUCGGCCGUGGGCGCUUCAGCGGCGGGCGCGGCGGCACCGGGCAGUGCGGCCGCCGCCGCCGCAGCCGCUGCAGCUGCCGCCGCAGCCGCUGCGGCGGCCGGCGUCAUGCUGGACGAUCUGGACCUGGCCACCCAGCGCAAUCUGGCGCUCGCGCGUCUCAACGCGUCCCCGCUUCCAUCGGCCGCCGGCGGUCUCAAUCCAUCCCCUUCCAGUGGCGGCUCGUCGGCGGCGGCCGUCGCAGUGGCGGCUGCUGCAGCAGCGGCGGCCGCCGCCGCCGCCAACGGUCCCGACGGUCCGGCCCUGUACGGGCAUCUCUACGGCAAGGAGAUGGGCCUGAUGCGCAAGCUCUCUGCGAUGGACGAUUUCGGCUCGGCCGGCGGGACAAACUCGCCUUCGUCAGCCGCCAUGCGCACCUACCAGCAGCUGCUGCAGUCGGACGGCGGACUGCUGAAACCGUGCUACGACUACGGUUCGCCCCAGCAGCAUCAGCAGCAGCAGAUGCAGCCGCCCAAUCAGCCGCCAGCUGCGACAACCAACGGCUCAAACAACGGCGUCGGACCGCCGAUCAAGAAAGAGCUCGGCUAUGCGGGAGCGGCCGACCUGUACACUCCGCCCCUGACGCCCUCCUCGAUCGGAAGCGGUGGCUCUAACUCCGGCCAAGGUCCACCCAUCGCCGCCACCUCGACGGCCACCUCCACAUCCUCCUCGACGACCGCAGCGGCUCUCUCCUUCAUGAACAAUCUGUACGGUGAGGCGGGCCACGGAGAACCGUUCGCCAACGGUCCGCCUGCAUCGUCCACGGGCAGCCAGAGUUGUAUGCGUCCGGGCGGUGGCUUAAAGGCGGACCAGCAGGCCGCAAUGCUCGCGUCGAUGGGUGGUGGCCGGGCGCCGGGGGCCAGCUCAAUUAUGAAUAGUCUAGCGAAUAGCGCCAAACACGAACCAAAUACGCCGACCGAUGGGCUCGCCAACGAUCAUCUUCAUCAUCAGCACCAUCAGCAGCUCGGUGGCGGCCAUCAUCAUCACCAGUUGCACCAGCACCAUCAUUCGAUGCAUCUUGCGCAUCAUCCGGGCAAUGGUGGAGGCGGCGGCGGCGGCAACAACAGCGCCACACCGACACCGCUGAACGGGGCCGGCGGCGACGACGACCAUGAUAAGCUGUCAUCGCCGCUGACCGGUACCACCUCGACGCUUACGUCCGACCUGCACGAUCCGGACAAUGAUAGCAACCCGGACGGGUACACGAUUCUGUAG